CACGCGUCCGCGUGCGGCGCAGCGCACCUGUACGCAGCCGGUGCACGCGGUUCCUGGAUCGCGCACCCGCUCCCAGCUCCGCGAACGCCGCCACGCCCGAGGCUAUUUAUCAGAAUUGGCCAGUGGCGUGUGCAGGCCACGGUCCGCGGCGGGCUCAAGGCCGCGCGGCGCCGGCCGUGUGUAGCGCCGCUGAAAUCGGCCGGCAGCGCUGCGGUGCACGGCGCGGCGCUUGGACCGCCCCUGGCGCUGCGAGCUGGUGUAGUUGGCCUGACAGAGCCGUCCGGUCGCCAGUCGGUGAAGCUGCCGUGCUGCCGGCGGAGUGGUCACGGUCGCAGCGCCGGCGCGUUGUCUCGGGCCAGAUUUCCUCAACUCAUCCUCAGAUUCGGUUCAGCCAUGGCCGGCAGCAAUUUGCCCGAGUUUUGUCUGGACUACCGCAAGUACACGGUGGAGAUGAUCAGUGAACCCACGGCAGCCAUCAUCAAAAAGGUCCGCAAACAGAUGGACGAGGUGGCCUCCGUUCCAGACGACCAGCUGACGUACGAGUCGGUGAUCGGGCGGCUGGCCGACAUUGAGACCGAGCUGGACACGUUCACCAGCUGCCAGGCGCGCCUGCCGGCCGCCGCCGCCACCGACAAGGCCGUCCGGGAUGCCGCCAGCGAGGCAGAGAAACAGCUGGAAAAGUUCAGCAUCGAACUCUCCAUGCGCAAGGACAUCUUCGACAAGCUGGUGGCCUACAGGGAUCAGACGGACCUCGGCAGCUUACACCCACAAACCAAACGCUACGUCGAGAAGCGGAUCCAGCGCGGCAAACGGAACGGCCUCCACCUGGACCGGGCGACGCGUGACAAACUGCAGGACCUGCGGACGCGCAUCUCCGAGCUGACGAUCGAGUACAUGAAGAACUGCAACGAAGAUGACACGUGGGUGCCUUUCACGGACGCCGAGCUGGCUGGCGUGCCCGACACCUUCCUGCAGAGCCUCGAGAAGACGGACGACGGCCGGCGCAAGGUCACCGUGCUCGCGCCCCACUUCAUCGUGCUGAAAAAGUGCUCGGUGGCUGAGACGCGCAGGAAGCUGACACACGCGCGCGCCGCUAAAUGCAUGAAGUCCAACACACCACUGAUCGAGGAGUUCGUCCAGUACUUUCACCAGCUGGCCAACGUGCUCGGCUACCCGACCAACGCGCACUACAAGACCGAGAUCAAGAUGAGCAAGACGCCCGAGACGGUGUCUGCGUUCCUGAGCGACCUCAAGGAGAAGCUGCAGCCUCUGUGGGCAGAGGAGCGCCGCCUGUUCCUGCAGUACAAGGAGGAGGAGUGCGCGGCGGCCGGUGUACCGUUCGACGGCCAGAUCCACGUCUGGGACGUCUCCUAUUACAGCGCCAUGGCCGAGGAGCGCAAGUACGCCGUCAACCACGAGGCGCUGCGCGACUACUUCCCCGUGGACCGGGUGACGCGCGGCAUGUUUCAGAUCUACGAGAGGCUGCUGGGACUGCGCUUCAGCGAGCAGCCCGGCGCCGAGGUCUGGCACGAAGACGUGAAGCUCUACCGCGUCCAGGAGGCCGACAGCGGCCAGCUGACCGGCUACUUCUACCUGGACCUCUACCCGCGCGACGGCAAGUACGACCACUUCUGCGUGGACUCACUGCGCACGGGCCGGCAGCGCGGCGACCACUACGAGCUGCCCGUCUGCGUCAUGCUGGCCAACUUCCCCAAACCGACGGCCGACAAGCCGGCGCUCUUCAGCCACGAGGAGGUCGAGACCUUCUUCCACGAGUUCGGCCACGCCAUGCACUGCAUCUGCUCGCGGGCCAGAUACACAAUGUUCGCCGGCACCAGUGUGGAGGGCGACUUUGUGGAGGCGCCCAGUCAGAUGCUGGAGAACUGGGUGUGGGAGCCCGAGCCGCUGGCACUCAUGUCGGGCCACUACAAGGACGGCUCGCCACUGCCGGCCGACCUGCUCGAGACGCUGGUGCGCUCCCGGCAGGCCAACAGCGGCAUCUUCAACCUGCGCCAGGUGGCGCUCUCCAUGUUCGACCAGAUCAUCUUCUCUCAGCCGCAGUCGGACACGGCCGAGAUCUUCCGCCAGGUGUACAAAGACGUGACCGGCAUCGACACCAUGCCCGACACCAACUUCGCCGCCUCGUUCGGCCACAUGGCCGGCGGCUACGACGCUAAUUACUACGGCUACCUCUGGAGCGAGGUCUACAGCGUCGACAUGUUCGAGGCGCGCUUCAAGAAGGAGGGCAUCCUGUCGCCGGAGGUGGGCCGCGACUACCGGCGCUGCAUCCUCGAGCCGGGCUCCACCAUCGACGCGGCCGACAUGCUGCGCAACUUCCUGGGCCGCGAGCCGAGCCGGGAGGCGUUCCUCAGGAGCAAGGGCCUGUCGGUAUAGGCGGCCGGCCGACCGGCGCCCGCCGCCGCUGGACUCUAACCAGGUCUGAAUACCUCACCGGGCGACUGCGGCGCGCCCCAGACAGUGUGUAGAGUUUGCAGUAUUAGUUCGUUCCGCCGCGCGCCCGGCGCGCGCGCCGCACCCUGUUGUGCUCGUGUUCCUGAGAGCCCCGUGCUCGCCAACUCUCCGAUGCGGCUCUCUGGAGCCGACGCCAGAGCCGCCGAAUUUUGUGGCCAACGCGCGAUCCACACUGACCCACAAACGCCUCAAUGAAUGCCUGGGACGGCGGCGGCCGUGUUUGUUAGGGAGGUCGCCGGGCCGGGCUCCCCGGGCCGCCCGUGUUGUGUGUGGUGCAGCUGAGUGCUGGCUGGGAGACGGCGCCGGCCGGCACGGUGCGCCAUUCCACCCCGCUCGGCGGGGCGCGCUCCCCCGCUGGUCGGUUGUCGCUGCGCCGAUUUCUGGUUGUGUUUUACCUGUUUGCGUGCGAUGGUUGCUGGUUGCGGCUGCUGAGCGCACAGAGCUCGAUAACUGAAUGGCCGCCCCGAGCCGUCACUUGUAAUACCACGGGGCGGGGCUGCGUGAUGCUGCAGCACCGAAAAUACAGAGACGCAUGCAGUGUU